AUGCCAGCAGAACCUGAAAACCAGCUCAGCGAUCGUAGUAAUGUUACGUUCAAACAACCUUCCUCUGAACAUACCUCUGAACAUACUGAGCAAUCUCCAGGGUUACGCCAGGAACCGGAUCAGUCUAGGGAUGUUGAAAGCGGUGGGAGUUGA